ACAACGUCGAGUAACAGUAGUACUGAGCUGUAAAUAUUCACGAAAUGAGAGACAACAUUACAGUUUUGAUCACAUCGGACUUGUAAUCGUCAUUUUUAUUCAACACAAAUCCAUGGCAGAUGUGUAACUUUUCAAGAUGUCGCUACACUGGCGCGAACAUGAAUACUUCCCUCUGCUUAUGCAGGACUCGGAAGAGUCUCAUGUGGCUCUCGAGUAUUUUGUUGACGAUCUGCACAAGGAAAAAACAAGAACUAUCACAUCGUUUAUGUGUCACUCAGGCUCAGAAGACUUUCUUUGGGGACUUAUCCACCUUCUGUCUUCCAAGAACCCCCGUGUUGCCGGAAAUGCAGCUUAUAUUUUGGGAACCAUUGCUGAAAAUGAACUAGGUCAGGUGAGAGUGUUAGCUUUGAUGAAGGAUGAGGACGCACAAAGAAUACUGGAUGAUCUGACAAGUAUGCUUAUAUUUGAUGAUUCAGAAUCUGUUAUGAAUGCAGCAGGUACCAUGGGAACAUUGGCCGAAAGUUCUGAAGGACGAGAUUGGAUGUUACAGCAUGCAUGUUUAGAGACGACUAUGGUACGCGUGACUGACCUAUUAAACAGUGAGAAUGUAUGGACCGCUAGUAAUGCAGCAUUAGUUCUUGCAAGAUUAACCAUAUCAGAAGAGGGCAGUAAUCAUAUAUUGAAACACCCUGAUUCCCAAGAUAUUUUAAGUAAAUUGAUUUACUUUGUAUUCUUAUUUGCAGGCCGUGGGAUGAACUCUGCAUUUGCACUGGGUAGAUUAUGUGACAUGGAGGAAGGCAGAGCGCGUUUGCUACGAUUGAGAGAAUCUCAUAAAAUGAUAAGUUCACUGUGCGUGAUGUUGGACAGUGAAGAUACAGGUUGCAGUAAGAAUGCUUGUUUUGCUAUCAGCUGUUUGGCAGCAAGUGAAGAUGGCCACCAGAGGUUACUGGAUAAUUCCUCUUCAGAGUCCAUGCUCUGUACCUUAGCUAAACUGUUAGAGGCUGAUGAUACAGAGACUGGAUGGUUUUCUGCUAUGACACUACGAACAUUUGCUAAUAAAAAUAAGGGUUGUCUUAAACUGAGAGAUCACAAGACUGUUAUUGCUGCUCUUAAGGAAACUGAAGCCAAAGCUGGAAUCAGCGAAGACCUUAGGGAAGAGGUCACACAAACAAUAGAACUUUUAAAAAAGUUAGAAACACCCAAGGCACCAAGGCUAGAUGUAGUUGAUGCAUUCUCGAUAUCUGCAAACUGGGAUUUGGUGAAACUAAAAAGUGACUUACAAGUAUCGUAUAAACUCUACGAUGUUACAGAUGGUAAAAAGGUGGUAUACCAAGGACAGGAGCUGAGCUGUGUCGUAUCGGGUCUCAUCCCUGACAAGCAGUAUACGAUCAAACUUCAGACGUACACAGAAGGCGAUAACAGUCCUCUGAGUGAACCAGCUGUAGCGACUACCGAGGAAUGGGUUCCAGAAGCGCCCGAAGAGAUAAGAGUGCUUGGAGUGACCACAACACAGAUCAAGAUUUGUUGGUCACCUCCGCUGUUCCCUAAUGGUGCAGUAAAAGGUUACAUUGUUUAUAAUGGUAAAACAUCAACUGACAAUACAUCUGAAUUAAGCUCAAUUGUAUCAGGAUUGGCUGCUGCAACAACUUAUGACAUACAGGUUUGUGCUUAUAAUUCAAAGGGUAAAGGAGCGAAGGCCACAAUUUCAGUUAGGACAGCAGAGCUAGGUCAACAUGCACCAGGGAAACCCUCUUUAACUGUACGAGGGCGUAGCGAAGUGUUUGUUUCAUGGGAUCAUCCGGAACUACCCCUCGGUAGACUCCAUAGAUUUGAAUUAACUCAGAAUGGUAAAGUAAUUUACUCAGGAACUGAUACAAGUUUUACUGCAAGAAGGUUAAAGUCAGACACGGAGUAUAUUUUCACAGUGAUUGCUGUGACAAGUGAGGGUCGCUGUGAAAGUGAUCCAGCCAAAAAAAGAACACUGAAAGAUGAGUAUGAUGAUAUCCGUUCCACAGCGCCAUUAUUUGCACAUGCACCCGCCAAACAGGAUUGUGAAAAAACAGUGAAAUCGUCCAAGAAGAAGUCAAAAUAUGAUCGAACGUCACCACCAACUAAUCAGAAAGAACGAGAAAAAGAAGAUUCUGCAUUGAAAGGAAAAACAACAAAAUCAACUUCUGCAAACAAGCCUCGUCACGCCCAACCUCAAGGCCAAGCUCAAGCAACUGCCACAAUCAGUUGUUAUAACUUUUCGGAUCAUGUCAGUGUACAACGGCCACAGUCUGCUUCCAGCAGGGCACCUUCAAGAGCCAAUGAUGAGAAUCAGCCUAACGCAAAAUUGUCUUUAUCGAACCGGAAAGGAUCAUUACCAGCACAUGCAGAUUAUGAAGAAGAGAACUGGCCGAACAUUCCUGCUUACGAUGAGCCUGAGCCCGUAUCUACGGAUCCCUUCUAUGAUAAGUAUGCUAGACCUCGUAAAGGCUCGGCUGAUCCCCGGCGACACAGAAAAUCUGAUAAUAACUUUGUGCGGGAGAAGACAAAAAUAGGAGCAAAAGGUAUGAAAGAACAUGUACCUGCUCGAACGCAUUUGUAUAUGUAUACAAGUGGAGAUGGCGCGCAAAACUAUGAAAAUAUAACACAGGAUAAACCGUCUGGAAGUACUGACAGAGAGUAUACUGUUGAAGCUGUUGUUCGGAAUCAGGAAUUCUGUUUUGACGCAGAGAUGCCGCUUGAUGCUGAAGAGCGAAGGUUACUUGCCAAAGAAAAGAGGCAACGAGAAAGAACGAAUAUUCGGGUUAGGUCUUCUCAUCGAGAGCAUGAUGGUUUCAAAGGAAGUUUAUCUGAGCACAAGGGUGAGACGCGGAAAGCAAAACAUGACAAUAAAGUUUUACCCAUUGCAAGUAUCAGAGAUGGACAACUUGACAAACGGGAUUAUGUUAGAAUGAUUUCAAUGUCAAAGAAAUUUCCACUGUAUACGUCAGAGAGCGAUAGACUCAAAAGUGCUGAUAAAAAAGACUCACCGAGACAGAACUCCCAUAUUGAUCUCCGUGAAGUUCUUGUUCAAGGGAGAGCAUCAGAACCGUAUUCUGAUUCAGGACGGUAUACGCCAGCCAGGAGCAUUACACGUAGGGUUCUAGAAGGAGGAAAUAAUUCUCCAAUGGUUGUGCCUCAUUACGAGGAUGAAGAAACAUUCAGAAUUGAUGACAGUGGCAUAUUGAUGCAUGAUCACGAUAUAGCGUCCUCCUACCAUAAUAUUUAUGAUUACUAUCAUCACUCUGUACCACCGCAAGACACAAGAUUUCACCAAGAUUCAGAUGUUUCUAAAAGUCUGACAGUACUGAAAAGAUCCUAUCAGAAAUCACCUUUCAUUGGUGGUGUAACAAGACCUGUUACCAAGAAAUCAUUGGCAAAACUUCCACAACAGUUCACUCCAAGUCAUACAGCUCACAAUGUUCAUUAUGCGCCGGAAUUUCCGUCUUCUCGUCAAGCCCUCAGCAAUAAAAGUCAGUUUAUACCAAUGCAAUACCGCACACAACCUCUCAAUAUGCCUGGUCCCCCCUUACAUCGAGGGAACACUAUGGCAAACCUACACGACAAAGGUGCAUAUGUAAGGAAAUUAGAGGAGUUGUCUCGAGCCUCUUCCGCCCACAAGCCUGAUGUCUGUGAAAACUGUGGACAAAGUAACAUUUCUUCUUCUCAGGGAGCUUCUGCAGGAGGAACUCUUAGAUAUACCCAUUAUAAACCCACCAAAUCAUCUGUCCAAGUGAGUCCUGCCAAAUGUAAAUCUCAUGCACACAUUGUCACAGCAGAUGGCUAACGUCUUGCCAGCUUUAUGCCAUUAUUUCCAUAUGCACUGAAUUAUCAAACAUUGGUACAAACAUUGUAAUUGCCAUGGAGACUACUACCCGGUAUCUGAUGAUUGUGUGGUAUCUUACUAAAGUGUAUAUUAUCCCAUACAC